GAAAUACUAUAUUGACAUGUAGUCUUAAUGGUCUAUUGGACAUCCCCUAUAUACCACUGAAGCUGAUAACCAUUCUGCAGUUGAGAGUCGCUCUCCACACGAGGUACUCUGGCACGCAAGGAGGCUUUAAUAGAAAUCAUACUUGAAAACCGUUUAAAGUUAAGAACUGCUGGCCAUGGAACAAACUUUGUCGUCCAUCAGUUUAUAUGUCGCGUUUGGUUUGAUGGGAGUUGGAAUUGUUCACUUUAUCAUCUCUUUAAUCGCAACAAGAUGGCGSUCUGCCAACCAAGUGAAGGAAUUUGAUGGUCCAGCACCACACUGGUUAAAAGGCAACGUCAAAGACAUAACCUUUGAUGGCCGCGGUCUAGCGUUUCAUCUAAAGUGUGCAUCACUGUUCAAGACGGCGUAUAGGGUGUGGUUUGGACCUUUUCGAUCGGCUUUGAUUGUCUGUCAUCCCGAUACUGCUGGCGCUGUCUUGAUCAAGAACUCACCAAAAGAAAGAUUUUUCUACAAAUUUUUGUUUCCUUUUCUUGGAAAUGGUCUUGGUCUACAAGAAGGUCAGCAAUGGGAAUCUACCAGGAAGCUUCUUACACCAUCAUUCCAUUUCAAGAUCCUGCAACGGUAUUUCCCUGUUUUCCAGGAAUCUACCCAAAUUCUAAUGGGUAAGUGGUCGCGUGCCGCCAAUGGAAAGGUCGAACUCUUUCAAGACAUCAGUCUUAUGACUCUCGACUCUAUAUUAAAAUGUGCCUUCAGCUACUCGAGUGCUUGUCAAACAAGAAAAAUCCAAGAUGAAUACAUUGCAGCUGUCAAUGGUAUUGCAAGGGCAUUGUUGGACCGUUUGUUAAAUCCCUUGUAUCACUUUGAGUGGAUCUACAAGCUCACACCAGCCAGGAGAAAAUUUCUACAAUAUUGUGACGUCAUCCACCGUGAAUCCAACAAAGUCAUAUCCAGCAGAAGAGAGUCACGUGCCAAGGCUUCAGGAAAUAAUUUCACCAAACAACGUUACCUGGACUUUUUAGAUAUUCUACUGGAAGCAAAGGACGAGAAUGGUAACGGUUUAAGUGACGAAGAUAUCCUGGCCCAAGUCAAUACUUUUAUGUUUGCUGGACACGAUACUGUUGCAAGUGCAUUAUGCUGGGCGUUGUACAGUUUGGCUUCCAAUGUCAAACAUCAGAGACUUUGCCAGCAGGAGAUCGAUGAAGCCAUCAACAACAAUCAGCAUAUGACUUGGGAAGGAAUUGCAAGCCUUUCAUACUUAGACCGAUGCAUUAAGGAAUCCAUGAGGCUAUACGCACCUGUCCCUGUCAUUGCUCGAACUCUGGACGAACCGUACACCAUCGACGGCAAACUAGCUCCUGAAGGUACGUUCGUCCUUGCCAACAUUUACGCACUGCACAGAAAUCCUCACGUGUGGGAAAACCCUAAGGAAUUCAAUCCUGAUCGCUUCUUGCCCGAGAAAUGCAAAGAACGCUCAAUGUAUUCAUUCAUCCCGUUUUCACUGGGGCCGAGGAUCUGCAUCGGCAAAAACUUCGGGAUGCAGGAAAUAAAAACAAGUUUGGUCAUGAUAUUGCAAAAGUUUAACUUGUCUGUUGAUCCUCAAGACAGCAUCGAUGAUAUGGAUCUCUUCCCUGAGCUGGUACUGCGAAGUAAAUCAGGAGUUCACAUCAGAAUCACACCACGUGGUUCUACUUUGUAGCCAAGCCUUGUCACGUGAUUAUACACCGUUGCACAAGAAGUUCACGAGAAGAUGUCGUCGACCGAUUUGUCAAGGAAUUUUGGUAACGAAAAAUCUCCUGUGAAAACUCGAUUAUCCAAAGACUGCAUGAAAAUAAUAUUAUUCAGCAUAUAUGAACCAAGAUCGAAGGAAAAAUGAAUAUAAUACAGAAAACUGAAAUAGUUGAUAGUAUAUACUACACUAAAACCAUUUUGCUUAAGACAUUUGUUAUUCAACUGUAAUUGGUUGAUUUGUAUCGUAUAUGUAGUAAAUGUAUCUAAGGUUAUUCAAUAUAAUAGUAGAUUGGUAAGUAGAUUGGUACCCUAUAUGUCAUAGAUCAUCUAGUUUUGACUAGUGUGCAUGGAUCCCACGAUGCUUUGCGCACCAUGCUUUGAAUGUGAUCUUCUUCUAUGAAGUAUCUUUGUGCAUCUUAAAAAAGCUUAAAGAAGUCGUUGAUCAAUAAGAAGCAUUAGCAAUGAGUAUAACCCAUAAAUACUUCUUACGAGAGGACCAGCCUAUACCUUAUACUAUAUAUAUAUAUACUUUGUAUUGUGAAUCACAAGUCUUACUAUACUUUAUUAUCCUGAUAAAUAAAUCAGUUUUUACAACAA